UAAUCAGUCUUGCGAAAAACUUGCCAGUGAUAUUAAGUCUAUAACAUUUAAUUAAAAUGUAUCGAAGUUCAGACGGUUAUUUCGAGAAUAGUAUAGGCGAGGAAUACGUUGUGCGGAAACGUAGAGGCAAGAAAAAAGGCAAAGGUAAUAUAAAUUUAAAAACAAAUCAAGUGCCAACAGCCGAUGAUAGCGAUGCCAAUAUGGAGGAACUCGAAAAUGAUGAUGAAAAAUCAAUAAGUGAAGUACAACAAAUAAAAACAAUAAAUAAAAAUGUAGAUUAUCAAAAUCCAGAUGAAGAUAUGUCAGAUUGUUUAUCAAGGGUCUCGGUAGAUGGCGUUAUGAAAGCACCACCUCAAAUACAAGUCAUAGAACCUGAACCAUACGAAAAAAACAAAACAUAUUCUCCAAGUAUAAGUCAAGAAGAACAAGAAACAAUACUAUACAAUAAUAGAGCAUUAUCCAAACACGCUGUGACAUACGAAUUAGAGAAAUUCGAAAAGAAUUGCCUUAUUAUAUUCAAUCAAGAGAAUGUCGACGGUUUUAAACCGAGACAUGGUACGGAGAAGGAUGUGCAGGCUCUCAAAUCUACGUUUAGCAAUUACGGUUUCGAAGUGACGGAACAUAAGGAUUUUACCAAAGAUGAAGUAUUUAGAGAACUAAUGACGUUCAGUGAGAGGGACUUCACGGAUUAUGGCUGCGUGGCUGUGGCUGUGCUCACCCAUGGCUCGCAUCACGGCCUACUGCGCGCUAAAGACCUGCCCUACAGCGAAAUUGAGAUUAUUAACCAUUUCAAAGUGUACAACAAGCCUACACUCGUUACUAAACCGAAGAUCUUGAUUAUACAGGCAUGUCGCGGUAAGAACGAAAUGCAAGGAGUCCCGGUCUUUCACAGUGGGACUAUAAGGAAAGAUUUCGAUGAAUCCUUGGAGCCCUACACACUGCCAGCGGAGUCCGACAUGUUGAUAUUACACAGUUCUUAUAUCGGACAUCCAUCACAUAGAGACGAACUCUACGGUUCAUGGUUCAUCCAGGCAUUAUGUCAUAAGAUCAACCAAUUAGCUUCAACACAUGAUUUUGAAUCGAUUGUGACAGAAGUAAAAAGAGAAGUUGCCGUUGAGAAAUAUCACGAGGAAUACAACAGAAGAACAUUCGAGAUGGAUGUUAAUAAACAAAUGCCUGUCACCACAUCGACAUUGAUAAGGAAAUUAUAUUUAAAAAAAUAUGGCGAUGAUUCACCUAAUUUAACUCCAACUUAUAACAGGAUUGGUGUUUCUAGUAACGAAGUUUUAGAUAAUAGUACUCCGAGCACACCGCUGUUGGUCCAUUUCGGACCGUGCUCCUGUUUCUUGGAUCAUUUUGCAUACGUCAGAAGAUGUUUGAGUUACCACGUCGAAGAGAACCCACAUGACAUAACAGCGAGAUCAUAUUUAGAGAUAUCCGAAUCUUUUGAGGAUAGCACAGAGUUUAAUACAGCUAAAAGGAAAAUGGCCAAAGCUAUUAGCAAUCAUUUAAAUACAUGCGCGAAAGAUGCUUAUUAUUUUAAAUAUUUAUAUUUUUAUAAACAUGGUAAUGACUGA